AUCUUGACCUUUUGGAUGAGAUUUCUUGUGACAGUGGGACUUGUCUUUUUCUCUUGUAACACAAGCAUGAAUUCCUCUUAACAUGUUCCCUUAGAAUGUGACCCCUGUACACGUCUCCCAAGUGAUAGAGAUGAGAUUUUUCAAUCCUUAGGGCCACCACCUUUCACAUGUGCACACAACUUCUUCUCCUUUAUAUAUAUAUAUAUAUAUAUAUAAGGACUGAUCUUCUUCUCAGAACUUCAAAGGGUCAAUAGAAAUGGAAUUAAGGGACAUAGAAUCCACUCUUCCACCAGGGUUUAGAUUCUAUCCUAGUGAUGAGGAAUUGGUAUGCCAUUACCUUUACAAGAAAGUAGCUGAUCAUCAUCAAAGUGCUUCAGAGGGAACCAUGGUUGAGGUGGACUUGCACACUUGUGAGCCAUGGGAACUUCCAGAGAUGGCUAAACUCACGGCAAAUGAAUGGUACUUCUUCAGCUUUCGAGACCGAAAAUACUCGACCGGUUCUCGUACAAACCGAGCAACCAAAUCUGGAUAUUGGAAGGCUACUGGCAAAGACCGCAUGAUUUAUAAUACUUCAUCUAAUGUGAUUGUAGGGAUGAGGAAGACAUUGGUCUUCUACAGUGGUAGAGCUCCCAAUGGCAUCAAGACUUCUUGGGUCAUGCAUGAGUUCAGGCUUGAGAAUCCUCUUACUCUCCCAAAAGAGGACUGGGUGUUGUGUAGGGUAUUCAAGAAGAAGAAGGGAGAUGAGUCACAUGCAAGUACUAGUGCUGAUGAGCAGGCCAUGCAAGAGUAUAAUAAUAAUAUUAGUGAGAAGAUGAGCACAUCAUUGAUAUAUGUUCCUGAUGAGCAAGAUGAGGACAUGUACAACAAGGAAAGCAGCUCAAACUCCAUCCUUAAUCUGGCAAUGUUUCAGUGCUGCCAUUUCCUUGAUGAAGUGGACUAUUCUACUUCCAUUGGGAUGAGAAUGAUAAACUCUAGGACUGAUCAUGGUGAUGAUGUUGAUGAUUAUGGCCUUCUCUUGGAUGUGGGCCUGAUAAACAACAGUAUUGGGAUGUGAGUUAUCAGUGAAUCCAAGGAGAAGAAGCAGCCAAGGAUAAGAUUGAAUUUAGAUUAUAAUUAAUAGUAUAUAUAUAUAUAUAUAUAUUUGUAUGUGUGUACAAAUGUGUAUAGUUUGAGAUUGAGACCUUCUUGUAUGUUUGUGAAAGAUUUGGAUAAAAAGAUUUGGAAGAAUUAAUUAAUAUUGGUUAUAAAAAUAUAAUUAGGGAAAAGAAAGACAAUGUGAUAAAGAAAUAAUAUUGUAGGGGGGGUUUUGUAUGAGUGAUGAUGGAAGAAGGAGGUAACUUGGAUUUGUAUUUUUCUUUUUUUUUCUUUUUUAAAUUUAUGUUUGAUUUGAUAUAUAGAGAUUGAUGCA